AUGCCUAUGCAGACUGUGGAUUGCCCUAAAUGUACUGAUCCUUAUGAAUCCAUUAUGCAUGCUCUGGUUCUUUGUCCUUUUGCAAGCAGGGUUUGGUUUAUCUCUGAUUUCAACAUUAACACUCAGUUUUUCCAAAAUAAAUCUUUCAUUGAAUGGCUCAUCUUUUGGUUAACUGAUGCUGUCUCCAAACUUCCUGAUGAAGCUCAAAGCCUCUUUGUUGCUAUCCUGUGGUCUAUCUGGACCAGUAGAAAACAAAUUAUCUUUCAAAAUCUGUCUGAAAGCCAUAUCACUGUGCUAGCCAGAGCUAGAGCUACGCUCCUUACCAGGAAACCUAGUAUCACUGUCUCCCCUUUGAUGUUUGUUGGUAUUUGUGACAAAUGGAUGCCCCUCUCUCUUAGUUGGAUUAAAUGCAAUAUUGAUGGUGCCUUUGAUGUGAUCUCUGAAGCAAAUGGUGCAGGGUAUAUGAUGCGUGACUUCUCAAAGAAAGCUUCUUUUUGUGCUUCCUUAGUCUUUGAAGUUCAUUCUGUCGAAGAAGCUAAAUCCAGAGCCAUCUGGGCAGUUCUGAAGAAAUCCUUGGAGCAACAAUUUACUCAUAUCAUUGUUGAGAGUGAUGCGAAAUCUCUCAUCGAUCAAUUUUUGCUGGAAACUCAUGAACUUGCUCUAUGGGAAAAGAAGAAAAAUUCCUCUAUGCACUGGUUUGUUCCUCCUGUUUGGCUCAUUCCAACAGUUGAGAGUGAUCAUUAG